UGUCCUAAACGCCUCCAUUGGACUAGAGGGACCACUACUAUAAACAUACCCAGAGUCCCUGCGAGAGAAGACCACGUCGUUGUUAUUCACGGCCAAGUUUGGGGAAGUUUUGCGACUGUUUUCUGUUUUUCGUGCUCCGUGAAAAACUCUGAAAACAGACAAAAACCUUGGGAGUCGAAGCAGCUACAGGGCUGCCUUUGCGACUUUUUGUUCUCAAAGUUGCGCUCAUAUGAUUCAAGAGUUUCUCGAGAUUUUGUUUUUCCACAUGGGAACUUAAACUUAUUUAAAAGACAAACUACACGGGAAUUAUCUGUUCGCUGUGCGCUUCGAAGCCGUCGAGCAAAGAAGAGUUUCUCCAGCGGGGAGCAGAAAACGGCAUGUAGCGCAGGAUCAAGGCACCCGUUCAUCCUCCUCCUCCUCAUCGUCGUCCUCCUCCUCUCCGGACAUCUUUGGGAAUGGGCCAGCGCCUUGCCAGGGUGCAUCUUUCCACCCGGUGGUGUGGCCGGCGUCGUGCGAGAGUGAGGAGGGCAGCGGCCAGGUCAUAGAGCCCACCCAUCCCUCUCUUCGCUUGCUUGCUCCCAAGUAACCUUUGACCUUCGACUCAGCUGUGACCUCCAGUCAGCCAUGCCCUUCCGGCUGAAGCUGCGGCGCACACGGCGCUACAACGUCCUGAGUAAGAACUACUUUGUGACACGGAUUCGCCUGCUGGACAGCACUGUGAUUGAAUGCACUCUGUCAGUAGAGAGUACGGGACAGGAAUGUCUGGAGGCAGUGGCCCAAAGGCUGGAACUACGGGAGACCCAUUACUUCGGGCUGUGGUUCCAAGGAAAGACCCAGGCCCCGGCCCAUCGCUGGGUGGAACUGGAGAAACCCCUCAAGAAGCAGCUGGACAAGUUUGGCAAUGAGCCACUACUCUUCUUCGGAGUCAUGUUCUACGUGCCCAGUGUUUCCCGGCUGGAGCAAGAAGCCACCAGGUAUCAGUAUUACCUGCAGGUGAAGAAGGAGGUGCUGGAUGGACGUCUCCACUGCACAGUAGAGCAGGGGAUCAGACUAGCUGGCCUAGCUGUACAAGCUGACUUUGGAGACUUCACUCAGUUCACGUCUCAGGACUUCCUCAGGGAGUACGUGCUCUUCCCAGUGAACUGGCCUAAUGGAGACGAGGUACUGGAGGAGUGGACCCAGAAAGUUGCUGAGGAGCACAAGAGUCACUGUCGAAUGCAGACCGCUGAAGCAGAGCUGCUGUACAUCAAGGAGGUGGAGAAACUGGACGCCUUUGGCCAGGAGAGCUUUCCUGCUAAGGACAACUACACCAACGAUAUUUUCAUUGGUGUUUCCUUCAUUGGAGUGUUUGUCAAACACAGAAAUGGCAGAUCCAUCAUGCUCCACAAGUGGAAGGACAUUGGCACCAUAGCACACAACAAGUCAGCCAUCACAGUGGAGAUAACAAGCAGAGACGACACCAUCAUUUUUCACAUGGAGGAUAUGGAAAUGGCCAAGUACAUUGCUCGUCUUUUCACGGCCAGACACAAAUUCUACAAACAGAACAAGAUCUGUGCAGAGCCCACUCACUCACCUGCACCAAUCAGGAGGAGACCCACCUGGACCCACCGCCGAUCUCUGCCGCGGCCCCAGUCCUGUAACUUCCAGUCAAUGCAUUCCCAGUAUGGAGAGCAUUAUCAGGACACACAGAGCUCUCAAGACAGUAUCUUCCAUGAUGACCCCUACUACAAGUCAGAGACCAGUCUGGACCGCUGCCAGGUGGACUUUCCCUUUCGAAAUGGUACCGUGCCCAAUGGAAGCAUGUACAGCAGCCCCAGCCUGAGCUCCCUCAAUCAUUCCCAGACUUUCAUUCCGCCCUCACCCAUGUCCUCCAAUCUCAGCAUCCCCGGCAGUGAGCUCAUGCGCCCUGACUACAUCCCCAGCCACCGCCACAGCGCCAUCAUUGCUCCGUCCUAUCGGCCCACGCCAGAGUACGAUGCUGUCAUGCGCCAGAAGCAGCGCAUGCUCCCCGCUCAACGUGACCUCCACAGCCAAUCGCUGCGCAGUCUGAACAUCAGUAAUGCGUGUGCUUACCGCCAGCCUGAGGCUCUGGUGUAUAGCCAGCCAGAGAUGAGGGAGAGGGGCCCUUAUCAUGGCCUGGGGCCCAGCCCGGGACCUUAUACACCACAGAUCAGCUACAGUAAGCCAGUGUCCCAUGGCCCUCAUCAGGGAGGACCAGCCAGCAACCAGGGCCCCUGUCAUUCACCCUGUGUUAAUGGAGGUGGAGGCAGUGGCGGGGUUGGAGGUGUAGGAAGCUCCAUCUCUCACACUGUCAGCACACCUGAGCUGGCAAAUACCAAACAACAGGGGACUAAUGCGGGAAGCUAUGCUGCUACAGCUAAUAUGCUGAGAAACCACAUGUCGCGCCCUCCUCCACCUUAUCCUUCCAGCUCCUUCCGCCCGGCCACCAGCACCCCAGACCUGGCCAGCCACCGUCACCGCUGUAUCGGGGGCAGCAGUCCAGAGCUGGUUACCCGUAUGGUGCAGCUAUCGGUUAAGACCUUCCAGCCGGACAGCUCAGCCGUGGUGCACCAGUCCCUGCUGGAGGUUAGUGAACCAUUAACUGCAGCCGCUAAGCACCGCUCCACCCUGGGCAAGAGACACAGCAUGGAGGUGAUCAGCAGCAUGAGAGGAGGAGGGAUGGAGGGCAUGGUGAUGAAGGGCAUGAAUGCUCCCCUUCAUCGGAGGAAUACUCUCAGAGAACAUGUGAUGCCCCCUCAGCCUCAGUCCCUUCCUCAGCCCCAGCCCCAAACCCCUCAGCCACAACCCCAGCCGCAGCCUCAAUCUCCACCUCAGCAGCCACAGGAGUUGCUCAUGCAGAUGCCUGCCCAGAAAGCACCUGAGGCUUCUGUAGCACCACCUGGACCAGUGGCCUACCAGCAUCAAAAGACUCUCUCCAAUGCUACCAUGCUCAUACACAGUAGUGAGAGUGAAGAAGAGGAGGAAGAGGAAGAGGAGAGGCCUGAGCUUGAUGUUCAAAUCCCAAGUCUCAAUGAGGACAUCAGCAUCAGCGCUCAGCUCCAGGCGGCUCUGGCCAAGCUGCCCAACAAACCCCCUCCAGAGUAUCCUGGUCCUCCUAGACCUCCUAGCAAUGUUCAAAUUCGCACCCACAAUCACAACCACACUCAUCACCACAACCACAAUCAAGGACUACAGAGCAACCAUGGACCAAUAGACCCAAACCAAGCCCUGGGCCGAGCGCUCAAAACUGGGCAGAGCCCAGGAGGUGGUGGUGCAGGCGGUGGUGGUGCAAGUGGUGGUGGGACACUGACCCGGGGAGACCAGGGUGGGGUGAAUGGAGCAGUUUUAGGUCCGUCCAUUUCAGAACCGGACCUGACCAGUGUGAAGGAGAGGGUGAGGAAGGAGCCGGUCAAAGAGAGGCCGGUGUCAGAGAUGUUCUCCUUAGAAGAUAGCAUAGUGGAGAGGGAAAUCGCUCAGAGGACCCUGGAAAGACAGAAGAUGUCCGUGGACUCCAUGAAGAGACCACUGAUGAUGGCCGCCCUCAACGGCCUCUACGUGGCCCGAAUGCCUGUCCCUGAAAGUCCUGCAGAAGAAGGUUCCAAGAGUGCCACCGACGAACGGUGUAAGACCUUGGAGUUGAAGCUGGAAGAGGAGCGGGUCUUCACUGAGUAUGAGCAGGUUCCCAAGAAGAGGGCAGACUGUGUCCUCACCACAGCAACUCUGCCUGAAAACACAGAGCGCAACCGUUUCCGUGACGUCGUUCCGUACGAAGAGAAUCGGGUCGAGCUUGUACCAAACAAGGAGAACAACACGGGCUACAUCAAUGCCUCGCAUAUCAAGGUGAUGAUCAGAGGGGAGGAGUGGCACUACAUUGCCACCCAGGGCCCGCUAGCCAAUACCUGUGCAGACUUCUGGCAGAUGGUCUGGGAGCAGGGGGUCAACGUCAUCGCCAUGGUUACUGCAGAGGAGGAGGGUGGCAGGUCCAAGAGUCACCGCUACUGGCCCAAACUGGGCUCCAAACACAACUCGGCCACUCAUGGAAAGUUCAAGGUGACCACCAAAUUCCGCACCGACUCAGGCUGCUACGCCACCACGGGGUUAAAGGUCAAACACCUGCUGUCUGGCCAGGAGAGGACGGUUUGGCACCUGCAGUACACUGACUGGCCUGAGCAGGGCUGUCCCGAAUAUGUCCAGGGAUUCCUCGCCUACCUAGAGGAGAUCCAGUCUGUAAGGAGACACACUAACUCCAUGCUGGACACCUCAAAGAGCCUAAAUCCACCUGUGGUGGUGCACUGUAGUGCCGGGGUGGGUCGCACCGGAGUGGUCAUCCUCACUGAGCUUAUGAUCAGCUGCCUGGAGCACAAUGAGCCAGUGGAGGUUCCCACCAUGUUGUCAGGGCUGAGGCAGCAGAGGAUGCUGAUGGUGCAGACCAUUUCCCAGUACAAGUUUGUCUAUCAGGUCCUCAUCCAGUUCCUCAAGAACUCCCGCCUCAUCUGAGCCCGGGAUCCUGACCUUUGACCUUACAUGAGGAGGCAGAGAGGCACCAGAUAACAACAAUGGUACUUCAAAUUAGCACAAGGACUGUACAACAGAUACAGUAUAACUAAUAUCUGGUUGAAAGCAGAUACAGAGAUACAGUUUUCCAUGUGGCAGUUUAUGUUUAUGGAAAUUCUAGUGGAUUUUCAUACAAACUCACCUCAAGGUAGGAAAGGAUUCAUGUAGGCCUGUAUACAAACUGACAAACAUUUUUUCUAAUCCGUGUAUUCAGAUGUUCUUUUUCCCCAUGGGUUUUAUUCUUGGACCUGGUCCUCCUGUGUGGAGAAUGCAUGUUUGUGCGUUUUCUCCAUGUAGGUCAGCUGAAUAAGCAGCUUGUUUUGCCUGCAGGUGUGAAUGUGUUUGUCUGAACCCAUGUGUUUUUGAGAUUUCUUAAGAAAUAUCUUGAGAAAUCAAAUGUCAGUUUCAGUUUGGAUAGAUUGCCUGCCUGCUACAUUUCCCAUUCAUUAUUUAGCCAUUAUUAGAAAUGGCACUAUGCUGCAUGAACAGUAGGUGGCAGCAGUAUUAUUACUAUUUUCUACACUCUGAAAGAGUUUGCCAGACAAAAGUAUUCUUUAAAUCACUGUUCUAAAAUGUUCCUUUAACAGAGUACUGAUUAAUACAGCAAAUAUUUACUUCAACAUUGUAACAAAUGUUUUUAUUUAUUUAGAUUGUGGUCACCUUUGCCAUUGAACGCAGCAUUGACAAGCAUGUUGAUCCUUGCCCUGUCAAUUUUCUUUUCAUCUUUUAAACUUGUCUUGUUUUUUUACUAUAUUUUUCGGAAAGCCUUCCUUGUUAAUUUCAAAAGGGUCCCUCCGAUUAUCCUUCUGGAGUUGCCUCAUUGGAUUCACUUCUAUUAAACUCCCUCCUCCACAUACAAACACACACACAAAGUAAAUUCUCAGUUAGUUGUUUCUUGAAUCACAGCUCCUUGCGAUCAAGUACUUUUUAUCACAUUUCUUACCUAAAAGCAUUUCAAAGUCUAAAAGCUGUUUAUACAAUGAAUUGGAGAUAAUUUAGAAAUACCAUUUCACAGGUUAUCAUAUGCAGUCAAUAGAGAAUGAUGUCCUUAUACAGCAAAUACUGCAUCAUUGUGCCUUAUUGAAACAUGAAACAAGGAGAAGCCGUCUGGCUGACAUUCCUAUCCUUGUUUUAGGGUUCUGGAUGGGUUUGAUAAACUAAAUUCUUUUUCUUUUUCUCCAAAGAUUAAAUCUUUAAAUCAGUAUUUAAGUGUGUUUUGUUAUAAGAACAACUUUAACAUUUCAAAUCAUUUACCUAACUCUCAGGUAAGGAUUUGGCAGUAGGAGAAUGCUGAUGUCUUGGUUUAUUUCUGAAGGAUGAUAGUAUAAAAAUGACACAACUGACUUUGCCAAAAAAGGCAGCCGUUUGUAAUAAUCUGAUCCAAACCCAAUAGUAUGUUGCCAUGUUCCUGGAUCCUGUUUAGAAAAUUACAUUCUGAAGAAUUUCCUUUUACAUGUUACAUUAAAUGUACUUUUAUUUUUCUGAAUCAUAAUGCAAAGCCAGCCAUGUCCAAAGUAACUGUGUACAUAAUGGGCAUGUGAGAAAAUUUCUACAAAUGUUUUAUAUAGUUUUUUUUUUUUUGACUUGGUACCCUAAAAAUACCGCAACAUAAUAAACUAUGCAUGCAUUUUUAUAUUUUAAUGUAUAUAUUCUCAAAUAAGUAUAAGCUUUGCUCUCUUGACAUAUAAGUGUUUUGUUGCACUUCUGUUUUCUCACAUGGCAUUCCACUGUUUGUUUAUAUUUAAUUUUUCCCCUUCAUUUUUUUUGUUUUUUGGUCAAAACUUCCAAAUACCUUUCAAAGUAUGUGUACAUAGGUUUUGUAUAUGCGUUUUCAGUGCAUCAAGUCUUUUGUUUUUCUCUCCCCCAACAUGUAUGAAGCUGUCGUACUUGCUUAUUAUGCAAUAAAGCCUUAUUUUCUUUAA